ACCCGAAGAUGUACAACGUGUUUGGUCUCAGACCAGCAAGAAAGCACCGCAACAAUGUCUCUGGAUACACAAUUCCUCUGCACAAUCCUCAUCUUCUUCCUCACCUCGUCAACCUCGUUGGCCUCCCGCAGCAAUGGCAAUAACCUCACUGCCUAUGAAGUUCUCGAGGAGUAUGACUUCCCGGUGGGUCUCCUCCCCAAGGGCGUCCUGAGCUACGAGCUGAACAAAUCCACGGGCGAGUUCUCGGUGUACCUGAACGGGAGCUGCACUUACUCCAUCGACUCUUAUGAACUCAAGUACAAGUCGAAGAUCACUGGCGUGAUCUCCACGGAUAAGCUUAAGAGCCUCAGUGGGAUCAAAGUCAAGGUCCUCUUCCUGUGGCUCAGCAUAGUUGAGGUGGUCAAAGACGAUGACGAGCUCGAGUUCUCGGUCGGGAUCGCUUCUGCUGAUUUCCCUGUCAGCAACUUUGAUGAGAGCCCGACUUGUGGGUGUGGGUUUGACUGCGAGACUCUUAGGAGGAAGAAGAACAAGAUCAAGACCUCUAUGCCCAAGAUGUUAUCUGCUUAUUAGUUGUAAUGUUUUCUCCAACUUAUUUGUAUGCGGUCUCAUAUAAUAUGUAUGUGAUGUAAGGAGACCACGACUUGAAAUAUAUAUUUUUGUAUUAUAAGCAAGGAAAUCAUAAAUGUAAGAAAGGACAUAUAUAUUUAUGAAUUUUCUUUUCGGAAUUACCUUA